AUGCCUCGAUCAUCUCGCAGCGGCGGCGGCGGUGGCCGACCCUCAUCUCGCCCCACCUUUGGCUCCUCUUCCAGCAGCUCCACCCCUGCCGGUUCUCGCGGAGCUCACACAAUGGCCGGAUCUGCUCCCUCUCAGCAGCAGUCCUACAGGUCAUCGCAGCCCGGCGCAGCCACUCCCGCGCACGCACAGGCUGCCCCUCAGACUACCAGCGGUGGAGGUGGUCUCUUUGGCAACAUGGCCUCCACUGCGGCUGGUGUGGCAGUGGGAUCUACAGUCGGGCAUGGAUUGAGUAACAUGCUCUUUGGUGGAAGGGGAGAGACGGCACCUGUUGAGCAGCAGCAGACGACAGAAUUUGCUCAGGAGCAGGCCAAUGGGAACAGGAUGGGCGGUGUGAACUGCGAGGCGGCUAGCAAGGACUUCCUGCGUUGCCUUGAUGCUACAGGCAACAACAUGGAGUCGUGCUCCUUCUACCUUGAGCAGCUCAAGCAGUGCCAGGCAGCCGCCAGCCGCUACUGA